CAGCGGUAAUUGUGGCGGCUCUUUCGUAAAUGUUGUUGGGGGACAGCGGGGCUGCGCUGACGCUGCUUCCAGCAGCCCGGGCGUCAUGGAGCUGUGUUGGAAAUCCAUAGGUCCUUUGGCUUUUCCAUCAUUUAAAUAUAAUAGUGCUGUUAGACUAAAAUGUUCCUGAUGUCAAGCUCUACUGAGUUAAACAGUGGGAAGGACUUCGUACCUCAAUGGAUGACCAAUCCUUCUCGGGCAGGGGUCAUAUUAAAUCAAGGAUUUCCUAUUUUGGAAGCAGAUGAAGAGAAGCAAGCAACUACCAGUGUUUCUAGCAGCUUCCCCAUUAAAACAUAUUUUUCAGAUAGCUUCGGCUUUAUUAGUGAAGAUGAUUCACUUCAUGAAGAACAGAAAUUGGGGUCUGGCAGCUCCUACCAACUACAGCCAGAAAAAUCUGAAGCCCAUCAGAUCUUUCCUGUACUUAAAAAGGGACGACAAAUAAUGGCUUUUCAGGAUGCUCCUGAACUCCAGGAAGAUAACAAGAGUGACUUUAUGCCUGAGCUUGCAAGUGAAUAUAAAGAUAUGGCUUGUAAAGACCCACUUUUUAAAAAACUUGAACAGCUGAAAGAAGCACAACUGAAGAAGCAGGAACAACUGAAAAGACAACAGUUGGAACAACUGCAGAGGCUCAUGGAAGAACAGGAGAAGCUGCUCACUAUGGUGUGUGGGCAGCGCAUGUGUCCAGGUUUGCCAUUACUGCCUGAUAAUCAGAGCCAGAAGUAUAGAUCUUCCGAAAAUUCAGCUCCUGUAGAGAAAGCCACAACCUUCUUGCCAUCACAUAUCUACUUGGAUCAAAGCCAAGACAAACCACAUGCUCCCAGAGUUUUAUCUGAUGAUGAGCAAAGCAACUUCUGCAGAGCUUCCCAUCAAGAUUUUAUCUCAACUUCAAAAAGUACUUCUUCCAAUUCGUUUUAUGAGUCACAAUAUCAAGAGAUGCUUGUAAAAAAGAAUGAUUCAAGGGAAGGAAACCAUAGCUGUCCUGUAGGAGAAAGUAUUUCAUCAUGUUGGGAGAAGAUGCUGGAACAGACUGAAAAAGGGAAUGAUAAAAAUGUAAAAAAAAAUGGUGAUUCCUCAGAAGUUGUUAAUAUUGAAGAGAGGCCUAUUAAAGCUGCCAUUAGAGAAAAGAAACAGACCUUUGAAGACUACUUAGAAGAACAAAUUCGAUUGGAAGAACAAGAACUGAAACAAAAGCAGCUAAGGGAAGCAGGAGGACCAUUACUAAUGAAAGCUAAACCCAAACAGCCAUUCUUAAAACGAGGAGAAGGUUUAGCCAGGUUUACUAAUGCUAAAUCGAAGUCUCAAAAAGGGAAAGAAGAUAAAGUAGUCCCUAACCAGAGCACUUCAGAGGAGCAGCAUGUGUUUAAAGUGGACAGACAACAGUGCCAGCGGAAAACUGCUCUUAUCCAUAAAGAACCAGGUGCAGAGAACGCUAGCGUUAAGAAAGACAAUAAAGGUGGAGCCAAGACUAGUCCUGUCAUACUUAAUCAGAAACCAAGAGUGCCCAGGAAUAAUAACAGGAAAAGUCUCUCUCCAUCAGGAUUGAAAAUACAGACAGGGAAGAAAUGUGAUGGGCAGUUGAGAGACCGGAUCAAAUCAAAAAAAGCUGACUCUAAUCAUAAAGAAAAUGUACCUGAGUGCACAAAGCUCUGUGAUGCCGAUUCCAAAGUAUGGCACAAAACACAGGGGAAAGACAGACUUUCUCCUUCAUCAGGACUGCUGAGCAGUGUGGCUUCUAAGAGUUUGAUAGGUGAGACUAUGAAGGAAUCUGAAUCCUUACUUGACCUUUCUCUUCAGAAAAAAAUGGAAAGUUGGGAACGGGAAAAAGUAAAGGAAAACUUGGAAUUAGAUGAAUUUUUGUUUUUAGAACAAGCUGCAGAUGAAAUUUCAUUUUCUAGUAAUUCCUCAUUUGUACUGAAAAUCUUAGAAAGAGAUCAGCAGAUCUGCAGAGGUCACCGGAUGUCUUCAACCCCUGUUAAAGCUGUCAAGCAGGAGAAGAUGCCGCAGGCAAAUGUGAACAGUCAGAGUGACCACAGUGAGGAUUCUGGCCACCAGGCUGUGUGUGAGAGUAAGAGUGAGUGUGAGGUCACAGCCAGACCACUUGCUUCAGCAUCCUUACCUGGUGGUUUGAGAGAACUGUCUUGUAAAGUCAGUGGGAAAGCCUUCCAAACGGGCACUUGUGAAAACCAAAACUGCUGGGAUGUGAGCGAUGAUGAGGGUGUUAUAAACAGUGACAGUAGCACUGACUCUGAGCAGCAGCUUGAUGUUACCAUAAUACCAUCCACCAAGGAUAGAGAAGGAGAGCUCAGCCAUAGAGAGGAAAGUCCUCAAGUCUGUGAUGGCAAGGGGCCUUUUAGUGAUACCAGAACUCAGGAAGAUAAAAGGAGGGAUGUUGACCUGGAUUUAUCUGAUAAAGCUUAUAGCAGUGAUGAGUCUAUCCUAAUAGAAAGCCAGAAAACUAAAGUGUCAGAGCCCUCAAGAAGGCCUUUAGCACUAAGUGUAAGUAAAAUUGAUUUUGAUGAUGAAAGAUCUUGGACUGACCUUGGGGAGAAUUCAUGUGAACAUAAUGUUAUUCUUGAGGAUGAAGCCAUUUAUGGGACACCCCAGACACACUACCCUAAUAGGAGUGAAAUACAUGUCCCGGAGAAAACAAUCAAAAGGAAGGUUGCACCAGUGAAGAAAGGAGAAGACUUCAGCAAGUCUGGGAGGAACAGAAGUCCCCCUCCUACAUCUGAUCUGAUGUUGAAAUUCUUUCCAUCUUUAAAACCAAAACCCAAAUCAGAUUCACAUGUAGGCAAUGAACCCAAGUUAAACAGGAGUCAGGACCAACCACCAGGUCACAGUGCUCCAUCUCAGGUUUUGAGAGAGAAGAUUAAUGAAUUGGAAACAGAAAUAGAAAAAUUUAAAGCUGAGAACACAUCUUUGGCUAAACUUCGUAUUGAACGAGAAAGUGCCUUGGAAAAACUGAGGAAAGAAAUUGCAGACUUUGAGCAACAGAAAGCCAAAGAACUGGCUCGAAUAGAAGAGCUUAAAAAGGAGGAAAUGAGGAAGCUACAAAAGGAACGUAAAAUUUUUGAAAAAUACACUACAACUGCAAGGUCUUUUCCGGAUAAAAAGGAACGUGAGGAAAUACAGGCUUUGAAACAGCAAAUAGCAGAUUUACAAGAAGAUCUGAAAAGGAAGGAAGCAAAAUGGUCCAGUGCACAGGGCCGUCUGAGAAGCCAGAUAGAAAUGUUAGUCAAAGAGAACACAGACCUCCGAGAAGAGAUCAAAGUGAUGGAAAGAUUUCGACUAGAUGCCUGGAAGAGGGCAGAAGCCAUUGAGAGUAGCCCCAAGACCUACCGAUGUGGGACUGCCACAAAGAAAGAGAAGUCUGUGAACUCGUCUGUGCAAAUUCAAAAGAAUCUUAUUUCUUCAGGAGCCCAGAUAGAAAAAUGUAAGAAAAACUACUUGCCAACACAAGGAAGUCAGUCUCGGAGAAUCAAGUUGGUGCCACCUCAUGAUUUAGGCAGCAAUGAUAAGGGACAGGCUUCCUUACCUAGGGAGCCACUGGAACCAGUAAAUUUUCCAGAUCCUGAAUAUAAAAAGAAGGAAGAAAAUGAAAAAGAAGAAAUCCAGGGAGAAAUCAAUCAUCCUGAUGGAAAGGUGGAAAAGGUUUAUAAGAAUGGGUGCCGGGUUAUACUGUUUCCCAAUGGGACUCGGAAAGAAGUGAGUGCCGACGGGAAGAGCAUCACCGUCACGUUCUUUAAUGGUGACAUCAAGCAGGUCAUGCCGGAUGACAGAGUGAUCUAUUUCUACGCUGCUGCACAGACCACUCACACCUCAUACCCAGAAGGACUCGAAGUCUUACAUUUCUCAAGUGGACAGAUAGAGAAACAUUUCCCAGAUGGAAGAAAAGAAAUUACAUUUCCUGACCAGUCCAUUAAAAACUUAUUUGCUGAUGGACAGGAAGAAAGCAUCUUCCCAGAUGGUACAGUUGUCAGAGUGCAGCGCGAUGGCAACAAAAUCAUAGAGUUUAAUAAUGGCCAAAGAGAAUUCCAUACUGCCCAGUUCAAGAGACGGGAAUAUCCAGAUGGCACUGUUAAAACUGUGUAUAUGAAUGGUCAUCAAGAAACAAAGUACCCAUCUGGCCGGGUAAGAGUGAAGGACAGAGACGGUAAUGUUCUGGUGGACACGGAACUGUCAUGACCCCUGUGUGACUAAUCAUGAAGCAAUAGCACGGAUUUUUCUAUUUAAACUAAUGUACAUUUCUUGUGAAUUCUGUUAACUUAUAUGGACUGUAUGUAUGUUCAUGUUGUGUGUAUUAAUGGAAAAGAUGUUGGAUUCUAAAAUAAAAAUUUCCAGUUUCUCAUGCACA